AAGAAAGCUGUCUACGUCAAGUGAACCAGCGCCAUCAUCGCCUGUAAACAUUUACCGUUUUGUUAGUCUGAUUUAACAGCCGCAUUAGAGUUGGCUGGGAGAACUUAAAUCCAAACAAUAGGGGGAUUAACUUCACUUUAAAGGACACAUACAGCAUCAAAACUGGCCCCGCCACUACCCGUCACCAUGCCUGCGCUGCUGGAGAGACCCAAACUGUCCAACGCGAUGGCACGAGCCCUCCACAAGCACAUCAUGAGGGAAAGGGAACGCAAAAGACAAGAGGAGGAAGAAGUGGACAAGAUGAUGGAGCAGAAGAUGAAGGAGGAGGAGGAGAGGAAGAGGACCAAAGAAAUCGAGGAGAGGAUGUCGUUGGAGGAGACCAAAGAACAGGUGAUGAAGAUGGGCGAGAAGCUUCAGGGUCUCCAAGAAGAGAAACAUCAGCUGUUCUUGCAACUCAAGAAAGUUCUCCACGAAGAGGAGAAGAGACGCAGGAAGGAGCAGAGUGACAUCACUACAUUGACAUCAGCUAGCUACCAACCCAGUCUCCCCAUGCACGCGGGCCAGCACCUCCUCAGCAUUCAGGGCAGUCCAGUCAGCCAUAGUCGACCCGGCGCACUGCUCGGAGAACGGAGUAAACAACUUUUCUCAACCGCUGUUCUUCCUACUCGUCAUUAUCAAACGCCUGCAUUCAGUUCCGGGUCAGCGGAGCACGGGCAGUUCAGCGGGGCCCAGGGGGUCCAUGAGCCCUACGGGGUGGCACAGGCCCAGCAUCCCGCUACCUACGCCCCUGGACCGUCUGUACCAGUCAGUUUUGCCAACAACUCUCAGAUCAGAGGAGCAUCAGCAUUCCAGGCUAUGCAGUAUCUUCCCCACCAGCAGCCUGGUUACCCUGUCCACGGUCACUUCACGUCUCAGCCCGGUUAUAUACCAGGAGCAGGAAUCCCUCUCCAGAAGCAGUUGGAACACGCUAACCAGCAGUCAGGCUUUACCGACGCGGGUGCUCUGAGGCCCAUGCACCCUUCUACAAUUCAUCCCUCGGCUCAAGGCUUGCUCCCGACGCCGUCCAUGACCGUCCAGAUUCCCACUGCUAAGGUAUUAAUGUCCUUAUUGACAUUAGAAAGUCCAAAAAAUAGAUAUUCGGAACAACUCCUUUAUGUCGCCCAGGCUUCAUUCCAGAGCUCGACCACAGCCACCCCUCGUCACGGCUUUCUCCCUCACGCACAGAGCGGUCAGAGGUUCUACCAUCACACCAAGUGACUCUUCAAAUUAACACAUGGGUUCCUCCAUAACAUUUGUAUUUUAUUUCAUGCAAGUCCACUGUUCCAAUGUUUACACUGAAUUUCUGUGAAUUAAAAAACAUUUAAAAACCCCAACAAA